AUGGCAGCUAACCUAGAUAAUGGGGGAGAUGCAAGAAAGGUCUUAGGAUCUUACACUGCACCCAACUCUGACUUCUAUGGGCGCAGCAUCUCCAUUCCUACUAUUGGGGCAAAUAACUUCGAGUUGAAAUCUCAACUGGUCACUCUGAUAUGUCACACUGUUAAUACGAGUAAAUCUAGAAGUCUACAAGUUUAUACUUUUCCCUUUGCUGUAAGAGACAAAGCAAGGCUAUGGCUGGAUUCUCAGCCUAAGGAGAGCCUAGAUACAUGGGAGAAGGCCAUUCCAAUCCUCUCUGACCUGGCCACCAUUGUUUCUAACCUCUCCAAGACCACGCAUAGUUUCAUGGCAGAAACUAGGUCAUCCAUAAGAAAUUUGGAGAUACAAGUGGGACAGAUGAGUAAAAAGAUCCUAGAGAUCCCCUCCAACACUUUUUCUAGCAACACGGGAGUCAAUCCAAAAGAAGAAUGCAAGGCCCUCACUGUAGAGGUUGUGACCGAACCCAAAGAGGAGCCUGCUGUUGAGGAACUCAAAGAGAUCAAGGCUCAUGAAGAGUUUGGGAACAUUAUCAUGCACGCCCCUUUGCAGAGAGAGGAGCAUGAAGAAUAUCCCUCUUCAGAUGAGCAAGAGGAACCUAAGGAGGAGCAAAUUGCUCGGUUCCUGGUAAUCCUCAGGAAGCUAAAAGCCAAUUCCUCUCAUGCAGAGGGAUUGGAGAAGGAUAUUCCUUCUAUGGCGUGUUUGAAAGCCUCAAAGGGAGAUGAGCCUGUGGUGCUGACCAAGGAGUGCAGUGCCUUAGUCCAAAAGAGGCUCCCUCAAAAGCUGCCUGAUCCUAGAAGCUUCCUUAUUCCCUGUGCUAUAGGAACCAUCAACUUUGAGAAGGCACUAUGUGACCUUGGCUCAAGUAUCAAUCUCAUACCUCUCUUUGUGAUGAAAAAGCUGGGAAUUCAAGAGGUGCAGCCUGCCAUGAUCUCAUUAGAGAUGGCAGAGAAGUCCCUAAAAAGGGCAUAUGACAUGGUGAAAGAUGUCCUUGUGAAAUUUGAAGACCUUUACCUCCCUGCUGAUUUCGUGAUCCUAGAUACUGGGGAGGACAGAGACAACUCUAUCAUCCUUGAAAGACCUUUCCUUGCCACUGCUAAGGCCUUGAUAGAUGUGGAAAAGGGAGAGCUAGUCUUGAGGUUGUGGGAAGAUCAUAUCUUGUUUAAGAUCCCCAACUCUCAGUCUCCCUCUGACAAAUGA